UUUCGUGAACCUAGCCCUCGGCUCUGCAGAUCGAGCAUCACUGGAACAGUGACAGCUGGUGAGAUGGCAGCCAGUACCAAUCCGCAAAUGAUUGAUAUUGAAACAGGCCAUCCGAAGAUGAACGUCGCAGCGACCGCUAUAGAACAAGUUUCCACAGCCGUGGUCAGAAUGCCAAGAGCACAAGUCACACCCUUGAAAAAUUUAAGAUGUGUGCGUUAG